AUGGCUUGUCGGCCGGCCCGGGCCGAAAAUCUCGGCCAGGCCCGUCGGCCUGGAGGGUUCCGGCCGGCCCGGCCCGUUUUAAAUUUGCUUCGGCCCGGCACUUAUGACCAGAGAUUGCCACGGCUCCGGAGCCGGCUCUUGGCUCCGGCUCUGAGCGGCUCCGGCUCCGCGCCGGGAGCCAGAGCCGGGGCCGGAAUUUUUGGGUGCGGCUCCGGCUCCUGA